AUGACAAGAUGCAUCGCAUCUUCCAAGGAGGACAAGGAGGCUAUCAACCAACAUUCUACUCACCUCUAUCAAAGACAUAAUCGGAAUGCAAAUGCAAAUAUGGAUAUUGCUCAACCCAUCGACAGCAAUCAUCAUCUCCCAACUGCCAGUCAUGGUACGACACCUCUCGCGCAUUGGGAACUCUGGAAAGACGCCUUGAUCAGUGUCAUACUAACGAUCCACAUCACCAUCCAACAAGAUCUUAGAGUUGCACAAGGAUACUACCUCUUGAGCGGCUCUCUUGAAGAACGGCCCAAUUCCACAAACCUGCAAGUUAUAUUUAUUGUUAUUUUCAGGACGCUCGCUCCGACGGUGAUGCAAUUUUUGGUCUCCGAACCCUUUUUGCUCGAGAAAGGGAUAUCCCCGUCCCUCAUCCCCUUU